GCCCGCCGCUCGGCGUUCGACAUUCGAACGUCGGCGGAUAGUCUGGGCUCCCUUUGAUACUUUGUAGCCCGUGCGCCCGGGCCCGGACGUUCUAGAACGUCGCGCUGCGGCUCCGACUCCUGCGGCGGCAACUGAGGCGCGCGCCGGAGCCCGGCCAGAGCUUCUAACGAGCAUGGAGCCGGCGGCUGCUGCUAAGAUACCUGAAGAGGUGGCUGACGUUUUCAACGCCCCCAGUGAUGAGGAAGAUUUUUUUGGGUUUGGAGAUGGUGUUCCCAUGGAAACACUGUACCUGGAAGAGAGUUUUGACUCCCCAGAGCCAGGAAAAAAGGAUGUGCAUUUUCAUUCCAAGUAUAUCACUGAUGAGCUUCGAAGGAUUUUCACUGAAGAUACUGACUCAGAGACAGAGGAUUUUACAGGAUUUACCCAGAGCGAGCUGAAUGGUCACCCAGAGCUAAUGCUCACAGAGUCAGACAUGAGUGAUGAAGAUGCUGGAGACAGGCCUGUAGGCAGUGAAGAGGAGGAGGAAGAAGAGGAAGAGGAGGCCGAAACAAAGACUGCCUCCAGAAGAAACAGCUUUGGUCUUCGGGUUGCCUUCCAGUUCCCCACAAAGAAUAAAGCAGAUAUAAAAACCAGGUUUUCCGAGCCAUCCUUUUCUAGCUUACAUUUUGAUGAGAGUGAAAAUCCAAAGGCCUUGGGAAGAAAGAAAAAUGGUAGACCAGGGAAGAGAGCCACGGAAGGGUCGACCUCUGAAUCUGAGGAUGACUCCAAGGCCGAUUCAGACGCUCUGCUCAAAAGGGCCAUGAACAUCAAGGAGAACAAAGCCAUGCUUGCCCAGCUGCUGGCAGAACUGCAUUCUCUCCCAGACCUGUUCCCGGUCCAGACGCCGAGCCCAACUUAUAAAAAGAAACCAGCGAGGCGGGCUUUUUCGGAGGGACAGAUAACUCGCCGCACCAACCCCACCCGCAGUGCCCGGCCUCCGGAGAAGUUUGCUGUGGAAAACUUCACAGUGUCCACAAACUUUGAAGAGGACCUAUGUGCUUUCAGGAGGCGGAAGAAAAUGAGUGGAGGUAAAGGCCGUGUGUACAGAAAACGGCGUCUAUCUUCUUUCCGGCGAGUGGAUGAAAUCACUGAAGAUGACUUGGAAAAUAUUGCCAUCACUGUUAGAGAUAAAAUCUAUGAUAAAGUUCUGGGUAAUACGUGCCAUCAGUGCCGACAGAAGACUAUUGACACUAAGACAGUGUGUCGGAACCUGGACUGUGGGGGAGUGAGAGGACAAUUCUGUGGUCCGUGCCUGCGUAAUCGUUAUGGGGAAGAUGUAAGAUCAGCUCUCUUGGACCCGGACUGGGUGUGCCCUCCCUGCCGUGGGAUUUGCAACUGCAGUUACUGUCGGAGGCGUGAUGGCCGCUGUGCUACUGGGAUCCUCAUCCACCUGGCAAAAUUUUAUGGCUACAACAACGUGAAAGAGUACCUGGAAAGCAUACAGAAACAGCUGGUUGAAGACCAUUAAGAAGCAAGAGGAAACAGCCAGCCACCUGAGCAGAGGGGCUUCUCAGGAAGACCCCCUUUCCCUGGUUGGUGCUCCAGAUGUGACUCAUUCUUGGGACGGUUUUAUGUGUACAGGAAGCAGCUGUGGAGGGAGCCCAGCAGCUUCGUGUCUUCCUGUGUGCGAUUUGUGACGGUUUAUUCCAUAUUCAUAAAAAAGUUUCUCAGGAAAGCAGUCGUCUUAGUGAGGGGGUUUGUGUAUUGUAUAUACCCUGCAAUAGGCGUCCUAGUACAUAGAAGUCUUUUUUUAAAUGCUUCUAUUGAAAAGCACAAUAAUGCUGUAGUUAUCUUUCAGGUUAAGUUUACAAGGAGAAAGCUUGAUGAGCCAUUCCCGCUGUGGGAAGGAAAUGCUCAGGUAUAUAUGUUGUGCCCCAAAUAAACCCCUGACACAAACGACUGCCCUAUGCCCGAGGUUAGCCAAGCAUGUUUCCCCACAGACUCAGUGCAUGGGAGUGUAGCAGCUCCUGCGCCUUGGCCUCAGAUGCUUUCGAGAUGUACAAUCUGGGCUUUUUUUUCUUUCCCCUUUAUUACAAAGUGCAAUUACUUGUAAGAGCUUGAAAGUAAGAGUUUUAUUUUCACCAGACAUUGACUCCUAGUUUGUUUGUAGAAGAACAUGCCUGGCUGAUUCCCUUAUUCUUUUAGGAAGGGAACUUGAGGGCUCCCUCCCCCCUUCCCAAAUGAAAACUUUUAUUUGAUGCUUAGUAUCUGUAAGAGCAAAAUCCCACUUGGUGAAUGGGGUGCUUUCAAUCUUGUGUUUCAUUGCAUUAGUAAAAUGUGUAAGGCAUACUGUACUUAAUUUUUGUCGCUGGCAUUGGAGACGCUUUGUUUUAGCCGUAGAGGAGGUGUGCCCUGAGGGGAGCUAGAAGCAGAGAGAGCGUGGCCUUUGGCUUGGGGGUUCCUGCUUGGGUUUGCUUGUAUGUCUCUCUUACUUUCCUUGCCUUUUUCUUUUCUUGGGGUUGGGGACAAUGUUACAUCCUCAGUAGUUUCUCUGUAAGAUGUGAAAGUAAAGAAGCUUGAAUAAUAUCUUCGGGUGAAUCAACUCCCUGAAAGGCUGAACGAUGCAAGAUUUAGAUGCUGAGGAGGAGGCCCCAUGAUCACGUUCAACGAGAGUCUCCCCGUUUACACAGACAAGAGCAGGGCCACCCCGGCCAGCACCCACUUGGCUGUCUUCUCUUUGCUCUUUAGCCGGAAGGUCCACACAUAGGUGGGGCCCCUGGUUUGGGUUUUGUACACAGGGCAUUCAUAGGUAUGUUUUGUUUCCUGUCUGUCCACUGGAAUAGCUUUGACAAAGAUGACUGGCAUCAGAGAUGUCAGCUCCUUGAGGCGGGCUUCCGUGAGGGUUCCAGUCUGGAUGUCCCAUCGAGCUCCUAGGACAGAGAGCAGCACAUGGAUCACUGCUGUAUGGAAUGGUUCUUGGGCUCAGUGGGUAGGUCUAUCCAGCUACAGAUUACACAGUUUGAUGCAAUAAAAGUUACAGUUAAAAUC